AUGUGAGACGUGACUGAGAGCUGAAGUUAAUGUGUGACCCGCUGGUGAGUUGAGCCAGAGAAAGAGCUUAUCUCAGCUGACGUUCUCAUAUAAAACACAGCCAGCUGCUGCUGACACGUCUCAGUCCAACACAGAAACUUUCUCUGAACUUUAAUGCUCGACAUGGGUGUCGCGUACAGCAUGGGAGAAGUCGACCACCUGUACACGUUCUUUGUCCAGUGGUCUCCAGAGAUCUAUUACAACAAACACGACAAUGAGAAGAAUGCGAUGACGGUUGACACAGAUACACACGUCUCUGUGAUUGACACGCUGCUCAAUAACCCCGCCUCCAAACCCUGGAAGAUUGUGACUGUCAAACAGCAGAAGAGUCGUCUGAGAAGUGUCUGCAGCUCUCUGGACUCUCUGGACUCUUGAGACCUGCUGCCGGUGUUAUUAGAUCACAGUCGCGUGUUAAAAGAACAUCACCUGGACAAACUGGCCGCUCACAUGCCAGCGCGGACUCAAGAACAUCACUGGAAACUGAUGUACAGCGCGGCCGAGCACGGCACCAGCUUGAAAACACUCUACAGAAACAUGACGGACGUCGACAGACCUGUGCUCUUGGUCGUCAAAGACAUGGACAACCAGGUGUUUGGAGCGUUUUCCUCCGAUCCGUUUAAAGUGAGCAGCUGCUGUUACGGGACGGGCGAGACGUUUCUCUACAGCUUCAGUCCUGACUUUCAGAUCUUCCGCUGGAGUGGGAAAAACUCCUACUUCAUCCGAGGAUUCCUCGACUCCCUUCAGAUGGGAGCUGGCGGUGGACACUUUGGUUUGUGGCUGGAUGCGGACCUUCAUCACGGCUCCAGUUAUUUCUGCAACACUUUCUGCAAUCGACCUCUCUCUAUCCAUCAGGAUUUCGUCAUCCAGGAUGUGGAGGUGUGGACCUUCGUAUGAAGAGAGAUCUCUGAUUCACUGCUGUGUAGUGAUGAAACGCUCGGCUCUGAAACCCGUGGAACUCGUCUCCUAACGCUCCGUUUGAAAUAGGAGAACAGGUUGAGGCAGGAUUACGGUUUAGAGUUUCCUUUUUCAGUAACUGUAUAAAUCCUGUUAAAGAGGAUUGACAAAAUCUGAAACUGACAAACUGAAAACUACACACUGGAUUUAGAAACUACUCCUUUAACAAGGAUGCUUUGUAGAUAUACUCGCUGACACAUAUUCACUGUCUUUACUGUCACGUGCACUUCUUAGAGAAAAAUGAUUGACAUGUCGUUCCUGCGGCUCAGUGGUGAGAGCAUGGCGUUAGCAACGCCAAAGUCAUGGAUUCGAUCCCAAGGACUGCACAUACUUAAAAAAACAAAUGUAUUGUGUAAUGCAAUGUAAGUCGCUUUGGAUAAAAGCGUCUACCAAAUGCAUCAAUGUAAAUGUAAUGUAAUGUCAUAACAGAUAAUCACGGCAUUCAUGCCAAGGCAUUUAAAAAGGAAAAGGUGUUUGGGUGUUUUUUACAACAAAUUAUUUUUGUACUCUUAUUUAUUUAAUGAUGUCAUGUUGUUUAACAUGUUGAAUAGUGUGUGUGUGUGUGUGUGUGUGUGUGUGUGUGUGUGUGUGUGUGUGUGUGUGUGUGUGUGUGUGUGUGUGUGUGUGUUUGUUUCAUUCACUGCUGGCACUGAAUUUGAUACAGCUAAUAAAAAACAUUGUUUUUCUAAAGACUG